AAAUGUUCUUUGACGUGCAGUGUGCUUUAGCUCUUGUGUCACAGUUGUGAUCCUAACUCAAAGAUGACGAAACGAGUGGCAUUGGUAACGGGAAGCAGUAGCGGUCUCGGGUUGGCCAUCGUUAGAAGUCUUUGCAAGAAACUAGGCGAUGAUGGUAUAAUCUACUUAACAGCGAGGAACGAAGGUCGAGGUAUGGAGGCAGUCGACGUCCUAAAGAAGGAGGGAUUCGGUCCAAAGUUUCAUAUACUCGACGUCAAUGAUCAGGGUAGUAUCGACAAGCUACGAGACGACAUCGCCAACCAGGAAGGAGGCUUGGACAUCCUCGUCAACAACGCUGGUAUCAUUUUUAAUGAUGAUACACCAAAAGAAAUUCAAGCAGAGAAAACGAUUCAGACGAACUAUUUUGCAGUUCGGAAUGUGACCAACGCUUUUCUUCCCAUCAUACGAAACGGAGGAAGGAUCGUUCACAUUGCCAGUUUGGUGGCUCCGAUGGCUUUCUACAAGAUGAGCGAAGAGAUGCAGGAUAGAUUCAGGAACGUAAACACUGACCAAGGAAUUAGUGAUCUUAUGGAAGAAUACGUCGACUCCGUGAAGUCGGGAAACACUGCACAAAUUGGGUUUGCAGACUGGUCAUACGGAACCAGCAAACUGGGCGUCACAACGCUUACCCGGACGCAGGGUGAAGCUAUCAAAAAAGAUCCAACCAAAAAAGAUGUCCUCAUCAAUUGUUGUUGCCCUGGUUUCUUGAAGACACGCUUCACCGCCCACUUUGACGAGGAGAAAAUGAAGCAGAUGAUCACCCCGGACCAGGGGGCUGACACCCCAGUAUACCUGGCCCUUCUCCCGCCUGAGACCAAAGAUCUACAGGGGCAAUUCCUCUUUAGAAGAGAGAUCAAAGAUUUCUAUAACAACGAUAUCAGACCUGUUAGUUUUGUUUAAGAAUUGUAUUGCAAAAAAGCCAAUAUUUAAUUCAUGAUAAAAUAUCUGGUAAUUCUUGCUAGGCAUUUGUCCAAAUAUUGUGAAAUUAAAUGACUAUUCACAUUCCAGAUGA